GGUGUCCACGAGUUGUUCAGCUACUUGUGUCUGGCAAGUCGGGAUGAGACCGGAGAUGUUCACCCACGUGUUCGUCGAUGAGGCUGGGAGCAUGGUGGAAACCGAGUGCCUCAUUCCCAUAACCUGUGGCCUUCACCAGAGGUCCGUCGUGGUACUCGCGGGUGAUCCCCAGCAGCUUGGUCCCAUUGUGCACUGCGUUCUUUGCAAGGAAAGGAGGGGAGGGGGAGGGGAAGACGGAGAGGGAGAGGGAGGGGGAGGUGGAGGUGGAGGGGGAGGUAGAGGGAGAGGGGGGGAACUGGAAAUGUCCCUUCUUGAGCGUCUGAUGACGAAGGAGCCAUCGAGGUCUAUCUAUGUGAAUGGGCUUGCUCGAGAGGGGGGUAGUGGUGGUGGUGGUGGUGGUGGUAGUGGUGGUCCCCUACCACGGUUCUUUUCUACCAAGCUGAUCAGAAACUACAGGUCGCAUCCGGCCAUCCUCGAACUGCCGUCUCGUUUGUUCUACAACAACGAGCUUCUUGCUGAAGCCAACGUGCUGACGAGGUCCUCGCUUUGUCUCUGGGAUAUGCUUCCGAACAAGAACCAGUUCCCACUUCUGUUCCAUGGGGUGGAUGGGACUGCCAUGCGAGACGAAGACAGCCCCUCCUUCUAUAACGCCGAGGAGUGUGCUCAGGUCGUGCGCUACGUGGAAAAUCUGCUGGCCGACCGCACGCUCGGGCUUCGAUCCGCUGACGUCGGGGUCGUCGCUGCUUAUCGCAGGCAGGUGCAGAAGCUGCAGCAGUACCUCCUCAGCAAGCCUCUGUCCGAGGACCUCAAAGUGGGUUCCGUUGAGGAGUUCCAGGGCCAGGAAAGGAGGGUGAUCGUUCUGACGACGGUCCGCGAAUCUCCGAAAGACACGAUUGACGAACUUCACAGGGAAAUCCUUCUUAACCAGCUCCUGCUGUAAACCAAGUACCUUCCCGGGAAUUUCAGAUCUGAUCGAUGUAUUUCGAUCUAUUCUGUGCAAAUGGCUUCCGACCAUGGCACUCU